GGCAGCUGGAGGGGUGCCGCUGCGCCAGCUGGGGCCGCACCUCGAGCCGGGGCCGCCGGCGGGUCUGCAGCCAUGUCCGGCCGCUCGGUGCCACAUGCCCACCCGGCCACCGCCGAGUACGAGUUUGCCAACCCGAGCCGCCUGGGCGAGCAGCGCUUCGGGGAAGGCCUCCUGCCAGAAGAGAUCCUGACCCCCACCCUCUACCAUGGCUACUAUGUCCGGCCCCGGGCCGCCCAAGCUGGGGAGGGCAGCAGGGCAGGGGCCUCUGAGCUUCGGCUCAGUGAGGGCAAGUUCCAGGCGUUUCUGGAUGUGAGCCACUUUACCCCCGAUGAGGUAACCGUGAGGACUGUGGACAACCUACUGGAGGUGUCUGCCCGGCACCCCCAGCGCCUGGACCGCCAUGGCUUCGUGUCCAGAGAGUUCUGCCGAACCUACGUCCUGCCUGCUGAUGUUGACCCCUGGCGGGUCCGCGCUGCUCUCACCCAUGAUGGCAUCCUCAACCUGGAGGCGCCUCGGGGUGGCCGACAUUUGGACACAGAGGUCAAUGAGGUCUACAUCUCCCUGCUCCCUGCACCUCCUGAUCCAGAGGAAGAGGAGGCAGCCAGUGCUGAGCCCUGAGUGCCGCAGACCCAGCACCCUUUCUAGCUCCCGCGGUGGUAGGACUGGCUGCUCACCACCCCAGAGGCAGCAGCAUCCUUGGGGGAAGGGAAAAGCGCAUGGUCACAAUGUAUGGUUUGGUCCCUUGGGACGUGUCAUAGUGUUUUCAUUUAGUUUUGGGUGGAGCUGAAUAAACCCAAAUCUCAGGGCCUUAUUUGUGCUGCUCUCUAUUCUGUGGCCUGGAGGAUGGGAUGGGCAGGGAGGGAGACAAAAAGGACAGCUAGACAAAAAGGUCCUCAGUUAGAUGUACCCAACGUCAUAGCACCCUGAGCUCACACUUGGAUGCUGAGAUCACACCUGGAAGCUGACACUGGCCCCAGAUCAAAUUCCUGGCCAUAAUUUUCUCACAAUGCAACAAAAGAGAGAGUGAUCCUGGGAGGGAAAAGGGAUAUGCCAUCCAAACAGCCCAGAGGGCACUGUCUGAGCUGGUGAUUAGAGACACAAAAACAAGGGUCUCCAGACUGUCUGGCCUGUUUUGGGUAGGGGUUGGGAAAACAGCUUUUGGCUGCAGAGUUGCCUAAAGCCCUGGUUUCCCAUACUAAGGUCUGUCCACUGUAAAUGGUCUCUGAUUCUGAGGGAUCGAGUAUGCAGACACAGGGGCACAGACACAGAAGCCUCUGCCAUUGUCACUGAAUCACAAAGUCUCCCCGCCCUCUGCCUAUGAGAGAAAGCAUUUGUUUCUAACCUUGAAACAUCCCAAAGAGAGGAAUCGCUGCAUCACUCCAUCCAAUCCAAGUCUAAAUGCAGGGGAGCUAGGGUUAUUGGUAUGGUGGUUAUGGCCAGGGAAACUUCCUUUGGAAGUAGAGUCUUAAUACUAGGGGUAUGAUGUAUUCAGGAAAGCCUGGGGGGGGGUGGGGGGUUGACCUCUUAAUUACUCUCUGUAAUCAAGAGAACAUGCAUAUGUAUGCUUUGAGGAGUGUCCAGAAGACCUCCCUGCCCCCAAAUAUAUCUUUUACUAGGUUGCGAUGGACAUCUGAAAUUCUUCCAUUAAAGUGGUUGAUUCUUAA